AUGCACGGCCAGCUACAGCCGAGGAGAGCACGAGUCCUAGCCGCAGUAAGGAAACACCGCUGGUUACUCGACACUUUCUUGCUGCUGGUUAUUUUGGGCCUGUUGUUGGAUAAAAAAUCGAGUCAAAAAGAAAAGAGCCACGAGUUUGAGGGCGCAGGAGAUAUAACUGGAUUUGCUCCGAAAUUCUCUCAACAAAUAACGUCCUUCAGUCCCGAUGCGCUGUUUAUGCCCGAGAAUUCGUCCGAGUUCUUUUCAGAUGAAGUCCGGCAGAAAUGGCUUAGCAUCGUACCGAAGGGGCUUGGAUACCUACUAGUCAAGAAUCCAGAACAAUACGACAACCUCCCAACACCAUUGGAGGAGCAAGGGGACAAAUUCGUUGUCACGACGAGUAUGACGCACCAACUCCAUUGCCUGUACGCUAUCGCAGAGGUCUAUGCCUCUCUAUCGUCAGGCAAAAUGACGCCAACGGAGAUGCCAUGGCAUCUUAACCACUGCUUUGAUUACAUACGUCAAGGCAUAAUGUGCGCUGGUGAUGUUGCAGUCGAGGGUAAGCAGACUACAUUCCCCGAAGGCUUUGUUGGAUCCGAUGGCUGGGAUGCGAAGCACGUGUGCAAAGACUAUAACCAAGUCUUGGAUUACUUAGAAAAGAAUGCAGCCAAUGACGAGGUCUGGAUUUAA